CUUCGCUCCGUCCGCUCUCUAUUGUUAUGUCUUUGAUUGUUUCUAUGUGUUGCGUCCAGUGUCCAUGGAUAACCAGGACUGACUGGCCAUAAAGACAGAUUGACAAGACUGGCAGAGAUCCAAAUUAAACCGACUUUUUUGGAUACAAGAUUAUGAUGGCAGUUCUGACUAAACCUCUGACCAGAAAAGACGACUUACCUUGGACGUCCUGCGUUUUAUAUUGUACACUACAUGUUUUUUUGUACUUGCCAGUUUCCUAUUGCAUUUAGAGUAAACUUCGUAAUGAAAUUAUAUUCUAUUAAUAUCCACAAUAGGCAUAUUUCUCCAACUCCCCCAUCACUAGCGAAAACUUUUUAUCCCAAUCUACAACAAAAACUAUCGGAGGCCCUCAAAGGAAAAAGCUUAUAAAUACAUGUGUGCUUAUAAUUCUAUGCCAUUAUAGCAACUUUGCAAAGUCGUGCAACAUGCAGAAGUUUAUAGUGUGUGCGAUUUUCAUUUGUUCUUAUGUAGUCCUUGGGAAAGAAAAAGUCAUAUAUCAAGCCACUGGAGGGCGGUUAAUAGACUUGAUACGUGGCUUCCCGCCUGAAGAUGGUGCUCUGAAACUGACAAAAGUUGAAGGAGACACGGCUGUCUUGCCUGAUGGAAUUUAUUAUGAGCCCCCGGAGGAUGAGGCUUUUGAAGAAAGAGGACCAUACUUAUAUUUACAUGAUCACGUAAAAGGUCAAGAAAACAGGGCUAAAAAAGAAUAAAUCUCUGUCGUUUUAUUAUACAAUGAGACAUAAAUUUUAAAAAAUGGGUAGAACUAAAUACAAUAAAUA